GAAUCACACAAACCAGUACAUAGUAGGUCAGGCGUUGUGCUGCUUAGGGGGUGUAUGUUCAACGGAGAUGAGUCGAGAUUUAGCUGGUGAAAUAGAGAAACUCCUUAAAACAGCAAAUGCAUAUAUCAAGAAAAAGGCUGCUCUGUGUGCUUUGCGGGUAGUAAGGAAAGUUCCUGAUCUGAUGGAGAUGUUUAUCCCAGCUGCAAGACCGCUCUUAAACGAUAAAAGUCAUGGUGUUCAACUUACAGCUGUAGCCCUAAUUACAGAAAUGUGUGAGCUUAGUCCAGAUACACUACAUCACUUCAGGAAGGUACGUAUGGUACCACAGCUUGUACGAGUAUUAAAGAAUUUGAUCAUGUCCGGGUAUUCGCCAGAACAUGAUGUUUCGGGUGUAAGCGAUCCUUUCUUGCAAGUUAAAAUUCUAAGAUUACUACGAAUACUCGGUAAGGGUGAUCCCGACUCAAGCGAGGCCAUGAACGAUAUUCUAGCCCAGGUUGCCACUAAUACAGAAACAAGUAAAAACGUGGGUAACGCAAUCCUGUAUGAAACAGUUCUCACCAUUAUGGACAUCAAGUCAGAGAGUGGUCUCAGAGUGCUGGCUGUAAAUAUCUUAGGAAGAUUUCUAUUAAACAAUGACAAAAACAUCAGAUAUGUAGCUCUCAACACCUUGCUAAGAACUGUCAGUGCAGACUUAAAUGCUGUACAAAGACACAGAAGCACUAUAGUAGAUUGUUUACGAGAUCCUGACAUUUCAAUAAAAAAACGAGCUGUAGAACUUUGUUUUGCACUAGUAAACAAUACCAAUAUCAGGAGUAUGGUUAAAGAGCUUAUCUUCUUCUUAGAUAAGUCAGACCCAGAGUUCAAGGGUUAUACUUCUUCCAAUAUCUUCCUAGCAUGUGAAAAAUAUUCACCCAAUCGACGGUGGCACAUAGACACCAUGAUGCGUGUCUUGACUGCAGCAGGUAACCAUGUUCCAGAUGAUUCAGUAUCUAGUCUGAUUCAGAUGAUCUCUGUUUCAAACUCACUUCAUCCUUACAUUGUGCAAAAGCUCUACCAGGCCGUUUCUAGGAACUAUUCACAGCAACCACUUUGCCAAGUGGCCGCAUGGUGUAUUGGCGAGUACGGUGACAUCCUCUUUGCCAGUGAUCUGGAAGAAGAUGAACCAGUGCAGGUACGGACAUACUACAUGAACAAGCUAGAUCUGGACCAGCUCAAGUCCCAAUCCUACGACCCAGGCCAAAGGGAUUGCUUCCAGGUAACAGAAGAAGAGGUAUGCAGUCUGUUAGAAAAAAUGCUUCAAUCAACAGCAUUAAAUCAAGUUACUAAAGAAUAUGUAUUACAAGCCAUACUCAAGUUAAGCACUAGGUUUACAUCUUCUCAAAAGCAAAUCCAACAAAUUCUGACACCAUAUUCAAUGAGUUUAGAUAUGGAACUGCAGCAGCGAUCUGUUGAAUUCUUUGCAUUAUCAAGAAGCUAUGACCAUAUGCGACCGGGUUUACUUGAAAGGAUGCCACCGAUGGAGAACAAAAACAAGGCAGUGGAAAUGAAUGGAAAUGGUGAUGUAGACGUAAAUGAAGAUGGUGGACAACUCCCUAACGAUAGCCAACCAUCACAGCCACCUGUUGCAGAGAGCAAUGGUAUUCUGGAUUUGUUAGGGGGAGACCUUGGUAGUCCAGCACAUAUCACCAUGCCAGUCAGUAGUAAGCAAGAUACCUCUCAGGCAGGAGGUAUCAUGGAUCUGCUAGGCCUAGACAUUACCGGUAAUCCAGAGCCAGGCCUUGGUGCUCCUGCUCUGCCCUCGGCAGAUAUCAAUCUGAUGGAUGGCUUACUUGGUGGACCAGUGCAAACAAAUAGCCAACCUUCCAUAAACCUACUUGGAGGUCCUCUCAAUGAAUCUGCCCCAUUUAUACCCCCAAUUACAGCCUAUGAACGCAGUGGCAUUAAAGUGGAAUUCAAGUUUGAACGGGACAAUAGCAAUCCUGCAGUGGUGAAUAUAACAUUACAUGCCACAAACUCGACUCCUAACCCAGUUUCCAGUUUUAUAUUCCAAGCAGCUGUUCCAAAGACUUUCCAACUCCAACUUCUCUCACCUUCUGGGGAUUCAAUCCCAGGUAGCAACGCUGGUGAAGUGACCCAGGUCAUCAAAGUAGCCAAUCCACAAAAGCAGCCACUUCGUAUGCGUUACAAACUCUCGUACAGCAGCAACGGAAUGCCUGUCAGUGACCAGGGCGAAGUCAGCAAUUUUCCGCAGAGUAUCUACUCCUAACAGCAGUUCCUACAAAGAGGAUGGUUAUGCAACAAAUUGAAUGAUAUGCUUUGAGGUAAACCUGCAUCAGGAGGGUGUGGCACCUAACUGUUAAUCAAAAUCUCUCCGGUUUAAUUUACCAGUGACUAUAGUUUCUUCCUUGAUAAACUAUUUGGGAACAAUUCUCGACCAACAUGUGGUUUCAUUUUACUGUGUAACCAAAUAAUCAUACUGGAGUCAUUUUAUCGCUGUUGGCCUUCACAUGUAGAAAGAUGUAUAACCCAUGAUGGGUUUUCUCAUCCUGUUUCCUCAGGAAUCAUAUAAUGGACAAACUAGGAAAAAGUGGAUUUAUGAGAUGAUUUGCAAAACAAAUUAACCAUGAUAAUAUGCUAAAGUGCAAAUGAAAUAAAAUAAUUAAAAAAAAAACCCAAUUUGUUAGCACAAAAACUAGGGAUCAAGAUUGGCAGUUUAGUUUAUUCUAUUUUUCAAGAAACUAUAGAUAUUAGAUCAGUGUCUAAAAUGAUUCCAAUUGGUAUCGUUCAUGGUAUCCAAUAUUAUUUAAAAGAACAUUAUUGAAGUGUCUGCUAACCACACUUGAUCAGUGACAUGUCUAUAUUUAAUAUGUUUAACAUGUGAUCAGUUUGGGAUUUAUUUCACCAAUUCCUAUGCAAAUAUCACAAAUGUAAUAUUAUUCCUAGAGAAAUAAGAGUAUAUGAUUCUGCUUUCAAACCCCCGCAAGCAUGAUUAUUGAAUUAAUUUAAUGCAUUUGCAAUCAUGGUUAGGGUUAGAAUUGAAAUUACAUGAGCUUUGGUUAAUCGGUUAAAAAUCACGUAAAGUAUGGUUAAUCAAACUCAUUUUGAUCUAAGUCAGCAAAAUAUUAUCAGUAAAUAUUUGGAUCAUGACAUAUAGUCCAUAGAUAAAGAAAGCUUUAUUCAGCAUCUGUAUGUUUUGUCAGUUGUCUUAAAUCGUUGAGAAGUUUUUGGGAGUUUUUUAAGGAGAUAUUAUCACAGAUUUGCUUUCGUUGAGAAUUUGGAUGGAUUGUGUUGCCAAACAGUAAAUCUUUUCAAAAUUACUAAUUUUGAUAUUAGAACAGUGGACCUAUUCAUUGUCCAGUUCACAACACUUAAAACAUCAUCACAAUGUGCAAUUGAGAGAAAAAGAAGGUAAAGCAUAAUAAUAUUGGUAGUGUUCAGUUUUCCAUGAUUGACAGUUGAUAAAUUCCAAAACGUCUUUUUCCCCCCCAUAUACUUCGUGCAAGGGGAAAGGGCACACCCUAGAGAUAUGUAUAUGGAUUAACAUGAUGCAGCUAGAAUAAUGAGUUAGUGUUAUUUCUCAGUGAUUUAUCCUCUAACAAUGUAUAAAAACUGACUUCAAACAUGUUCACCUUGUCCUUUUGUAUGUAGGUUUCACAGAUUGUACCUGUGACUGAUAUGUAAGUAAGAUAUGUUCUAGUUGAUUUCCUGUUGUUAUUCUAAUGUUUUGGCUUUAUAUAUAUUUUUUUUCUAAGCACAAGUUAUGCGAUAAAACUGCAGAAGGGUGAUGUGAGUUUUGCACUCCCACCCCAGUUUGCUUUUGAAUAUCUACAUAUCUGCGGAAAUUUCAUUCCAUGCUCCUAUGAUGUAUUCAUAAAAUUAUAAUUUAAGUAAAUUUAAUAUCGGUGAAAUGACAAUGCUUGUAGAAUUAUUUUUUUACAGUUUUGUUAUAUUUGAUUGUUUUUUUUCUAAUUUGGUUCUCUGGGUGGGGUGGGGCAGUGGAAUGAUAUUAUUAGAAGAAUGACUUAAAAAUAUAUUUUUCUGUACUUUGGCAUGAUACUUGCUUUGAUUAUGUUGACAAUGAUACUCAGUGGCUAAAAGAAAAAUAUGGAUGUAAUAAGAUGUUACUUAAACAACUAAACUUGAUUAUUAAAUAAAAGAUCUUAUGGUUAACUUAUGUAAUGUUUUUACUUAAAACAAGAGCUGGAACUUUAUUCAUGUUCCGUCAAAUGUGGUGGUAUCGGCCAAAUAUACAUUAUACUGUGUAAGAGGAAAAUUGUAUAUGGAACAUAGUAAACUAAGUGAAUUAACAUUGUGAAACAACGAUUGGAGGGUUUAUAGGGUAUGCGAGAACAAGAUAAUGCAGGUCUGUAUAAUGAUUGUAGAACUAAAGUUGAGCAGGUUAAGGAUAUACCAUUUGUGAUGAGAUAAAGAACUUGAAAGAUAUGUAGUAUUUGAAAUACUAAUUCUAUAUUUUAAUUUAUUAGCAUUCAAUUGUCAAUGCGAAUAAGAAAGAAUAAGAAAAUGUUCUUGCGAACUUACUUAUUACCUUCCUGUAUGCUUUUGCAUAGUCCCACAAAUUGGCUGGUAAUCAAUUUAAGAGUUUUCUUUGUAAAACAUCUGUAAAUCACUGAAAAUGGAUUGAUCUGGUUUCAUUUAUAAGUACAGUAAAUAACUCAUUUGAUCCAUUUAAAAUAGCCAGUUCUAUUAUUUUAAUUGAAUUUUUGAGGUUUUAAACCAGGUUCCAGCACAUAUGGUAUGUCUUUAACAAAAGUGCAAAAAGCACAUUUGUAUACAUUCCAUUGAUGUGAUUGUUGGAGAUCUGGUCCCAAUUAUUGAACAGAUUACUACUCUCCUUGUCCUAUUUCCAAUGUUCAAAAUUAUACCCACAAUUUAUUAUUAAUACAGUCGCAAAAUUUAUUAUCCAAAAUAUGUUCAAUCUUAUUGACUGUUUGUUUUGUGAUGAAAUAAGACUAAAAAAUAAUUACAAAUAAGAGAAAGUAUUUAUACCCAUAGUAUUUCUGUUUUUAAUACAUAUAAUAAAGUUAUUAUCAGUGGCUAUGGGGCACAACUAGAAAACAAUAGAAGAUAUAGACUAAAACAAAUUUAUAAAUGUAUUGCAUGAUCUUACACAAGAACAAUAAUAGGUUUUUUUUUUUUUUUUUUCAAAUGAUUGCUUAUAUGAAAAUUUAUGUUAAUCUUUUCCCUCCUAUAUUUUUAUUUGUAAGCACAAGAUGCUUUAAAUAGUAUGUGUUACUGCUUGCAAGUUUAAUGACCUUUGGAAAAAAAAGGCAACCUGACACUAGGGUGGGUGGGCAAAUAAGUGCUUAUAAUUAAUUUAAAUGAAGAUAUUGUAAUUUCUCUAUUAUAAUUAUAUUCUUUUUUGUUUAUAUGAAUCAUUGUUCUUCCCAGUCCAUCGCAGAUAAUAUGCAUUGAUCUUGUAUAUAUUGAAAUGACAGGAUAAAUUUGGUGUAGGUAGAUUUGAUGCAUAUCCCUGAAUGGACUGGGAUAAUAUUUGUAUCUUCUAUCACUAGAAGCAAAUCACAGAGUUUUAUGUAAGCCAAUAAUAAUAUUAUGUGUAUGAACACCCAAUAAAAAUACUGUGAUGUAA